AUGGAGAGAUCUGACAGACUCACACUGAUACUUCUGCUCGUUUCUUUACUAGCAGUUUGUCGUCCAGUGGACGCCUGGUACAAACAAGCGGCGAGACCGAGUUACUACUCCGUGGGCAGAGCUUCAGGACUCCUGUCCGGGAUCAGAAGGUCAGAACCAGAACUAGAGCCCAUCGACCCACUGACAGACAUCAAUGCCCUGCCAGAAACACAUUUCCCACGCAACUUCCUCAAAAACAUGCCCAUUUGUGUGAAGGAUGUUGUUCCAGAGCUGCGAAGCUGUGAGUUUCUCCAGGAUGGUAGCUUGUUUAAGUGUGGGGCCAGUGUGAUCUUCAGCCUGGACUCAAGAAUCUGUCUCAGCAGCUGA